UAUUAGGUCAAAGUGCCUGGCGCUCGCGGCAGACGCUCGUGUAGUACUCAUGGUAACAGAUUCUGCACGAGCGUGUGCGUGCUCCUGACGCAACAAGUAUCUGGUUUCCAGUCUCUCCUUUGGAUGACUGCGCGCUGUCUGGAGACGAAGAGCUUUUAACGUAAAGAAAAAGCACGGCCAGCACCGCAUCCGAAGCGAUACCGUUUUAAAGCUGUCGCCCGCGGAACUGCGUUGAGUUUUAACCGAUUGCAUAAUAGUUGCUCAGACUUUUGCCGUUAUUUCCACUUUGCUGGUUGCAUUACGGGACCGAACCGCAUCCGAAAGCGGUCUUUGGCGGAUUUUCAGCCCAUCUUUUCUUCGGUCGUAUGUGUUUUACGCAUAUGGAUACUUUUCCGGAGCGCGGACGGUAGAUUAUGCAUUCCACAGGAUGGGUGCGAACAAUGGGAAACAGAGCGGGAGUGAAGGGAAAGGCAGUUCCAGUAUUUCCUCCGACCUGAGUUCAAGUACAGAUCAGACAUCAACCAAAGCUCCAAAGAAUGCAGCUACCAGUGAAGACUCGGACCUUAGCAUGCGAACAGUGAGUACACCAAGUCCGGCUCUGAUUUUGCCGCCUCGUUCAUCUCCAGGCGUGCUUAAUGGCUCCUCCACGUCUUCCUCCACGUUCGGCACGGAAACCAUCGCCAUGGUCCACACGCCGCCCGCUUCCCUCUCCCAUCCGCAAAGGAGCCUGCGACAGCCGAGGGACCAGCAGGGGGCGCCCAUCGACAUCCUUCCUGACCAUGCUUUCUUGCAGAUCUUCACCCAUCUGCCCACCAACCAGCUGUGUCGGUGCGCCCGUGUCUGCCGCCGCUGGUACAACUUGGCGUGGGACCCGCGCUUAUGGAGGACUAUUCGUCUGACGGGAGACGUGCUACAUGUAGACCGCGCGCUUCGGGUUCUCACUCGCAGACUGUGCCAGGACACCCCGAACGUGUGUCUCACCCUGGAGACGGUGAUGGUGAGCGGCUGUCGGAGGUUGACCGAUCGAGGACUGUACACUGUGGCUCAGUGCUGCCCGGAACUGCGUCGCUUAGAGGUGGCCGGCUGCUACAACGUGUCCAAUGAGGCCGUGUUCGAGGUGGUGUCACGCUGCCCCAACCUGGAACACCUGGAUGUUUCAGGGUGCUCUAAGGUGACCUGCAUCAGCCUGACGCGGGACGUGUCCGUCAAACUCUCCCCUCUUCACGGGCAGCAGAUCUCCAUCCGCUAUCUUGACAUGACGGACUGUUUUGCUCUGGAGGACGAAGGCCUGCACACCAUUGCCGCCCACUGCACUCAGCUCACCCACCUCUACCUGCGGCGCUGUGUGCGGCUGACCGACGAGGGCCUGCGCUUCUUAGUCAUCUACUGCCCGUCCGUGCGGGAGCUGAGCGUCAGCGACUGCCGCUUCGUCAGUGACUUCGGCCUGCGGGAGAUCGCCAAACUCGAGGGCCGCCUGCGCUACCUCAGCAUAGCGCACUGCGGCCGCAUCACAGACGUGGGCGUGCGUUACGUAGCCAAAUACUGCAACAGACUGCGUUACCUGAACGCUCGGGGCUGCGAGGGGUUGACGGACCACGGCAUCGAGCACCUCGCCAAGAACUGCCUCAAGCUCAAGUCCCUGGACAUCGGGAAGUGCCCGCUGGUGUCGGACGCCGGCCUGGAGCAGCUUGCACUAAACUCCUUCAACCUGAAGAGACUGAGCCUGAAGUCAUGCGAGAGCAUCUCGGGCCGCGGGCUGCAGGUGGUGGCGGCCAACUGCUUCGACCUUCAGCUGCUGAAUGUACAGGACUGUGAUGUGCCACUGGAGGCGCUGCGCUUUGUCAAGCGUCACUGCAAACGCUGCGUCAUUGAACACACCAAUCCAGCCUUUUUCUGAGAGCUGCACAGACUGGGAUUGUGUGCUCUUGUGACCCGGGCCGGUGACGUCUCUGCUGGACAACACAGUGGAGAUUUGCACUGCUGCACCUCUGUAUUUAAUUUGCAUGGUUGGGAGAAAUAUUAAAGGAACAGUUUCCCCGAAAAUGAAAAUUACCAAACAAUCUACUCACCUCCAAGCCAUCCUAGGUGUAUAUGACUUUCUUCUUUCAGACGAACACAGAGUUUAAAAAAAAAUUAUCCUGGCUCUUCCAAGCUUAGUAAUGCUGGUGGAUAGUGGCCCUUAUUUUGAAGCUCUAUAAAUUAUUAUAUAUCCAACCCACACAUCCCUAGGGAUGUCUUCUGAAGCAAAUCGAUGUGUUUUUGUAACAAAAAAUAUUUCUGUUUGUAAAAUUACAACCUAAGGCGUAUAGGUUAGUUUUACAACAGAUAUGAGUUGUUAUAUGAGUUAUAGCGCUUCAAAAUAAUGGUCACCAUCCACCGGCAUUAACAAUCUUGGAAGAGCCAGGAUAAAUUUUUUAAAAACUCAAUUUGUCUGAAAGAAGAAAGUCAUAUACACCUAGGACGGCUUGGGGGUGAGUAAAGUGUGGGGUAAUUUUAGCUUUUGGGCAAACUAUUCCUUUAACUUUUUUUUUUAUCCAUUUAUUUAUAUUUUUAUUCACUUAUAUAUUUUUGAUUACUCAUCUUGUUUAUGGCAGGUUGUAUUACGUGUAACAUGUACAUUUCAAUUUGUUGGCGUGUAAAGGAUUACAUGAUGUGACGUUAACCAGAAACUAGACAUAUUUCCCAGAACUAAGGCGGUCCACGGUUCGUGUUUGUUGAUGUUUACAUUUGAUAUCUCUGUUAUGAAUGUUUUGCUUUGUUUCAUCAUGUAAGCCUUGUAAUAGCUUGGUUUCCAUCUUGGUUUCAUUGACCAGGAAUAUUUCAAACAGUGCCAUUUUGCUGUGACGUUCACCUUUGUAAUGGUCAAUAAGGCUUUUUCAGGUGUUUAACAAAUGGAAGACCACAGUGGAAUAAAGAGGUCUAAGCCAUAUUAAACAAAA